AUGUUUUUUUUUCGAAUUGAAACAUUUCAUCUCGAUCAGACUUUCUCCUUCGAUAAUCCAAUCUAUCUCUCUAUUAAAAAUUAUAACUAUCUCACUCUAUUCUCGUCCAUCUAUCUAUCUAUCUAUCUAUCUAUCUAUCUAGCUAUCUCUUUUACUAUCUCUCUAUAUGUGUUUCUAUCUAUUAAUCUAUAUGUCUAUUUGAUCUAUCUAUCUAUCUAUCUAUCUAUCUAUCUAUCUAUCUAUCUAUCUAUCUAUCUAUCGCCCUUCUAUCUCUGCCUAUUUGUCCGUAUCUAUCUUUCCCACUUUCUUCUAAUCUAUCUAUCUAUCUAUCUAUCUAUCUAUCUAUCUAUCUAUCUAUCUCUAUUCCGAAACCUGUUUUUCUUCCCUUUCAUUUUCCUCUUGACAAACGUUAAGUUUCAGCGACUUUUCAAUGCGACUGCUACAACGACGAUGAUAUUUCUUGAAGUCCUUACCUCUGACUCGCCACUGGACCGACUCACUGCAACGACAGUCUCUCUCUCUCAAAGUCACUCUCGUCUAACGCCCAAGUCUCCCCAACUCAGCAAAACUCGCGUUUAUAUAGCAAACCGAAGAUCUAUCUAUCUAUCUAUCUAUCUAUCUAUCUAUCUAUCUAUCUAUCUAUCUAUCUGUCGCAUUCUGUUGAUAUAUCUAUCUAUCUAUCUAUCUAUCUAUCUAUCUGUCGCAUUCUGUUGA